AUGUCUCCUGAUCAAAUUGAACAAUGGUUAAAAUUUGGAGACAUUAUUUUAAAUGACAAUACUGCUGCUACAAAUCAUUAUGAAAUGGCAUUAUCACUUUUUUUGAUAGUUGACAACUAUUUAUCUUCCUAUUUGGUAGCUCAGACUUUAACUAAUGAUGAGACAAAGAAAGUACAUACUUGCAUAUUGCAGCAAAUUAAAAAAGCAACUUUCGAAGCUGCUCCCCAUGUUAUCUUCACUGAUGCAGACCCUGCUUUAAUUGCCGCAAUACGAGAUAAAUUUCUGACAACGCAUACUCUUCAUUGCAUAUUCCAUAUUGCACAGAAUCUUCUUCUUAAUUUAAAAAAUAUUCUUAGAGAUCACUAUGAUGAGUUCAUCAAGGAUUUCUUCGAAGUACAACAAACAAAAGCAUUCGUACUUAAAUUGUUCACAGCUAGAAUGUCUUCAACUUCUCAGAUUGAAAGCUAUAAUGCAAAGAUUAAAAGAUUAAUAUUUAACUCCAAUAUAACAUUAUUAGAGCUAGCAGAAAAAUUAUCAGUAUAUAUUCUUGAAGAGAAUAAAAAGACAGAAUAUGCUUUAUUUCGUGCGUCAAUUUCCAAGACUAUUCUGACUGCAACAGCUGAUACUAUUCUACUAAAUAUUUUAACAAAUGAGCUACAAAAGUUUCUUGCAGUUAAUUUAGAUGAUCCUGACUUAUUUGGUGAAAAUCCAAAUUUUACUAAUAUUAUAGCCAAGUCAAUGCUUAAUUUUAUUGACAAAGAUAAGAUUAUAGAAAUUAAUUCUAUGAAACUAUUUUUAGUUGCACAAAAAUUUGAAAUAGAAGAACCAAUGACAAUGGGUUGGAGUGGUCUAAUUCCUUAUUUUAAUGCGCUUGUUAAGGAACUAUAUGGAAAGGCUUGGGGUAAAGCAAAAGCUGCAUUAAUGGUAGCAGUUUGGAGGCACGAUUGCAAUUUUAUUACUAUUCUCGAUAAAUAUUUAAAUGAUUGUCAAGAGGUUUCAUCUGAUAGUAAUGUAGAUUCAGGUAGUGAAGAUGAAAUUGAAAUUGAUAAUAGAAGGUUGGAUCUAAGUGAGUUGAUAAAUCCUCAUAAAGUAAAGGAAAAGGUUGAACAAAGGGAACUGAUAGAAUUAGACAUGCAA